AUGAAUUGGAAUUCUCGGGCACUAGAUUUAACUGAUUUAAGUAGUUUAGAGUAUAAAGAAAAGUUAGAUUUUUUAAUUGGUCGGAAUUCACCAGCGGAGAAAGAAUUAAAAGAGAUUGCCAGAGAGAUUGUUGAUACUUAUUUAACGGUUAUUCAAUUAAUUACUCAGUAUGACGAACCUUUGCUAGUGCCAGAUAUGAAUGUUAAUUUAACUGAUUGCUAUGAAUUUGAAAAUAGUCUUCAUAAGUUUUAUAGCAAUUUAAAUCCAAUCGAGUAUGAAUGUGCGAGAAUGAUUGAUGAGUUGGUGGAAGAUGAUACUUUGGUAGCGGUAGAAACUACUGGGAAAGAAUUAUUAAAGGAUAAGUUGGAUAGGAAACUGUUUACUAUUGAAAGUUUUGAUUUAGGAAUGGUUCCGGUGGGACAAAAAAUAAUUCCGCCACGGAAAGUUCGGGUGGGAGUAAUUGUGACUACUGAUGUUUACGGAAAUUCUAAUGUAGUCGAAAUAGCUCGCAAUAAAGAAUUAGUUCGUCAUUACCAAAGCCAAAUUUUUAGGCUUAACCGACAACAAAGAUAUCUCCAUAGUCAACUCGAAAAAAUCCAAGCUCAAAUCAAAGAUUAUGAAAAAGAAAAGAAAAAAGUGGAAAAGUGA